AUGGCAACUUCCACUCUGAAACCAGGUGUGCCUGUCACUCUGCAAGAGCUAGCGCCCUCCUCGGAGAUGUUCAAGCAAGGGGCGUCCCUCCGGGUAACAGGAAUCCUCCAGUCAUAUGACGUCGACUCUGCGGUCGCCGUUAUUCAGGACGGCAGCGCAAGGUUGAGGAUCGACACCCAACACCUGAGGGACAUAAGUUUUCGCAGCGGUUCUGCUUUCCAGUUCAUCGGCGAGCUCCUGAUUCGGCCAAACGACGACGUAAUUCUCUGUCCUUCUCCAGCUUUUGGCAGUCUAAUAUCAGUCUAUCAAUGCUGCAUCAAAUUUGUUGCUUACAUCCUGCAGGUGAUUUUGCAAGCACGUGUGGGCAGGAACGUCGAUGGUCUUGACCUGAACCUUUACCAGCAGUCUUUGAUCAUCCGGCGGCAGCAUGAAGCCAAACUGUUGAGCUCCAGUAGGGUGUGA